GCCAGGUUGGAUUCGGUGCAGAACGAGGCUUCCGGGCAACGGGGGCCGUCAGCGGCAGCCAGGAUCCCCUGUGCGGCACGCUGGUGGCUGCCCAGGUGCAGCUGGUAGGACCCUUGUCUCUUCUGGGCCUGUGUCCAGACCCUGAGCCGAGGACGGACGGUCUCUCUUCCAGGCUGGAGAGGUGUGACGUGAACGUGGUGGAGCUGCUGAGACAGAGCUCUGGAUGGGUGUUUGAGAACCCCUCCCUGGGAGUGUUGGACUACCGCGUGCUGGGCACCAACUUCAGGGACUACGCCAUUGUGUUCACGCAGCUGGAGUUCAAGGACGAGGCGUUCAACACCGUGGAGCUGUACAGCCGGACGGAGCUGGCCAGCCAGGAGGCCCUUCGCCUCUUUGCUAGGUGGAGCAAGGGCCUGGGCUUCCUGUCUCAGCAGCAGGCCACGCUGCUGCCGGACCUCACCUGUGCGCACAAGGCUUUCCAGGUAAGCUGCCUUCCUGAGCAUCACCCCAGAUCCUACACCCCAGAGCUCUGCCCCGAGAAGGCCCGGGGACCAGGACAGGGCAGACAACCCUCGAGGUGA